UCGCGUCAUACUUAAAAAGAUCUGAAUGAAAGAAAAAAAAGAGAGAACAUUUGCUAUAGUGAUCGCGUCAGUGAUCGCGAGUGUACGCCAAGGACACAACUAUCUUAAAUUUCAUGAAAAAUCCGAUGAUUCAAGCGGUACUCCACUCGUUUUUACAGUUAAAUUUCACUGAUGGAAGCGCAGCUGGUCUCUCUGCUAUUUCUGGAUUAAAUGUCAUUAGCGAAAAAGCAGCAAGAAAAUCCGCCGACAAUGCAAGACCUAUCACACUACAAGAACUGUUCUACGACCAAUGCCAAGUAACAGAUCAAAUAUUUUACAUCCCGGAUUCUGAAUACCACCCAUCCUACGACUACGACUUUACUAACUACAAGGGAGAUGACAGUAACURCACCAGAGGAGGGUAUCCAUACAAGAGACCAGCUGGAUGGAAGAGAAGGGCUGUGAGAGUGAUAGGAAAGUAUGAAGAUGAUGUUUGGCUGGGACAACCAGGCUGGAGGGAAGGAUCUUCCCCAGGAGAAUGGGCAGUAUCCUACCAUGGCAMUAAAAGAGAAAAUGUCUCGAGUAUUGUGAAUAACGGAUACGACACCGAGAAAUGUGUAAAUCAAGUGUAUGGCCCUGGUAUCUACUCAACACCAGAUUUCCUUGUAGCCGAGCGUUAUGCCACAGACUUUAUGUACAAUGGUGAAAAGUACAAAUGUAUACUACAAAACCGUGUCAACCUCCAGAAAACGGAAUCCAUUAAAUCAUUGUUAGGCAUUUAUUUUAUAAGCCCCAGCAAAGAUGAUAUUCGCCCGUACGGGGUCUGUCUCAAGAAGAUCUAAAUGCAUUAUCACACUCGGCUGCCAAAACGAAAGGGCUAUAGAACUGGACCUUGAUACAUGAUACAGUGAAGWUGUCACUUUUAUUAGAGUGAUUUAGAUUUCGAUGCUGUUCUUGUAACGACUGAGAGUAGUUCAUCUAGCUUUGCCAACUAUACUAGUCGAUUCCUAUUUCACAAAUAUCUAGCUGUCGUGACAUGUUCUUGGAAUUUAAGAAUCAGCAAAACGUUGCGUGACCGACCCAAAGGAUGUUUGCGUAGGAGGCUAAUGGGGGAAAUCCCCAUCUUUUAGUCUGUCAGUACAUAUCUAGUGAAUAACGCUUUACUCGGUUUAGUUUUGA